CUUCAUGGAAGUUUGUAGAUAAGUAGCAAAACAGGGCACCUGAUACAUCAGCUUGAGAGACCAAAUCAAUGGCAGUAGAUGAUAUCUAUACAGGAGAUGGAACAACAGACAUACAUAAAAAUCCAGCCAUUAAGAAGGAAACUGGAAGAUGGAAGGCUUGUUACUUCAUUCUCGGAAAUGAAUCCUGUGAAAGAUUAGCAUACUAUGGCAUGAGUACUAAUCUGGUGAACUAUCUUAAGACGCGUCUCAGUCAAGGAAAUGUCACUGCAUCAAAUAACAUGACGAAUUGGUCUGGAACAUGCUAUUUUACUCCUUUGCUUGGAGCCUUUAUAGCCGAUGCCUACCUGGGAAGAUAUUGGACAAUUGCCAGUUUCUCUAUCCUGUACUUCUUGGGGAUGUUACUGUUAACAUUGUCUGCAUCUGUACCUGGGCUAAAGCCAUCCUGCAACAAUGAUGGUGUUUGCCACCCUACACAGGCUCAAUUUGGGAUCUUCUUUCUAUCAAUUUACCUCAUUGCUCUUGGGACUGGUGGAAUUAAACCAUGUGUUUCCUCCUUUGGAGCAGAUCAAUUUGAUGAAACUGAUGAGGAUGAGAAGAAAAAGAAGAGCUCCUUCUUCAAUUACUUUUACUUUUCAAUCAAUAUUGGUGCUCUUAUUGCUUCCUCAGUGCUGGUUUAUAUUCAAAUGAAUGUCGGCUGGGGUUGGGGUUUUGGAGUCCCAGCUGCUGCCAUGGCUAUUGCAGUUUUUAGUUUCUUCACAGGUACCCGUUUGUACCGCCAUCAGAGGCCUGGAGGCAGCCCUUUCACAAGAAUUUUCCAAGUCAUAGUUGCAUCCUUCAGGAAAAUCAAUGUAAAAGUUCCUUCGGAUGAGUCUCUUCUUUUUGAGACUGCAGACCAGGAAUCAGCUAUCCAAGGAAGCCGCAAACUUGAUCAUACAAAAGCAAUGAGUUUCUUUGACAAGUCUGCUGUGGAGAAUCAAGGUGACAGCAUCAAAGGCUCGGUAAACCCAUGGAGACUCUGCACAGUCACCCAAGUGGAGGAGCUCAAGUCAAUAAUAAGACUACUCCCAAUAUGGGCUUGUGGCAUUAUCUUUUCAACUGUCUAUGGCCAGAUGAGCACCAUGUUUGUUUUACAAGGAAACACCAUGGAUCCCCACAUCGGUCCCAAUUUCAAGAUCCCUUCAGCAUCGCUUUCCAUCUUCGACACAAUCAGUGUCAUCUUCUGGGCUCCAGUCUAUGACCGCUUUAUUGUACCAUUCGCAAGAAAGUAUACUGGACACAAAAAUGGAUUCACACAAUUGCAGAGGAUGGGAAUUGGUCUUGUCAUCUCCAUUUUUGCAAUGUUGUCUGCAGGCAUUGCAGAGGUUGCAAGGCUGAAUAUGGUGAAGAAAUAUAACUACUAUGACCUUGAGAUCCUGCCAAUGUCCAUCUUCUGGCAGAUUCCACAAUACUUCCUCAUUGGAUGUGCAGAGGUUUUCACCUUCAUUGGGCAGUUGGAGUUCUACUAUGAUCAGGCACCAGAUGCAAUGAGGAGUCUGUGUGCUGCUCUCUCACUCACAACAAUGGCUGUGGGAAGCUACCUAAGCACUCUGCUUGUAACCAUCAUUACAAAUCUAACCACUAGCCAUGGUAGACUUGGUUGGAUACCAGAUAACCUCAACAGGGGUCACCUAGACUACUUCUACUGGCUUUUGGCUGGACUCAGCAUCAUUAACUUUCUGCUCUAUCUCUGGAUCUCUAAAUGGUACACCUACAAGAAGGUAGCCGACUCUGUGUCUUGAUAAUUUGUGCAUCAACCCAUCUAUCAUAUGAAUUAAGAUAGAUAGUAGGUACUAGUGGAGUUGUAGAUAUGUUUCUAUUUGA